AUGAGCGGGCAGGGGGAUCCGCCCGCGGGGCGCGGCGGCGGCGACGCGCCAGCCUCCGGCGACCCCAACGCCGGGUUCACCUCGAACGAUCCGGUCGCGGCGAUGGCGGCGGCGAUACGCGCGCAGCGUGAGGCGCAGGAGCAGGCGGCGCGGCUCGUGGAGACGCAGCAGGCGGCGAUGCGCGCAGCCGCGCUGGGCGGCAUGAGUCCGUCGCAGUACGCGGCGAUGAGCGCGAUGGUGCUCCAGCAGCAGCAGCUCGCGGCGAUGCAGGGCGCGAUGGCGGGCACGAAUCCGCAGGCGAUGGCGGCGAUGGCGAUGAUGAUGAACCCGGGAGCCGCUCAGGCGGCGGGGAACAUCUUCGCCACACAGCUCGGCGCGCUCGCCAACCCGCUGGCGCUCGCCGCGACGCAGGGCUCCACGGCCACCGCGCUCGCCGCGCUCGCGCCACCACCAGGUCAGCUCGCGCCAACUUCGCCCGCGCUCGAGACCGCCGCGGGGCUCGACCGCGCGGCGAAGGAGGAGGCGCGGGACGAGCCGACGGCUGAAGUUUCCGCUCCCGCGGGCGGCGCGGGCGAUUCGCGCGCGCCGCCCGCGCCGCCCGCGACGGCGCCAUCCGCACAGCCGUCCGCGCGGGGAGCGAGCAGCCCCGCGCGAGCAGCGGACGCGCCGGCCGCCGCGCGCGUCGCGGUCGCGACGGACGCGCCGACGCCGACACCGACAGAGGCGGUCCAGGCGAAGAGCGAGCCCCGCGAGCCGCAGACGAAUGCCUUUUCGGCGCCCCCUUUGACGGAGCCGACGCCGACGCCGAUCGCAAAGUCCGACACAGCUGUGCGCGACGACGCGACGACUGAGCCGAAGCCCCUCGUCGGAGCCGUGGCCCAUGCACAAACGGAGGACCCGAACGGCGGCGGCCAGAUCGACGCCAAGACUCUGGAGGAGAUCCCAGCGGACGUCCUGCGUGAGGCGCUAGGCGGCGGCGCUCGUCGAUCCGGUCGCAAGACGAAGGCGCGGGUGGUGAUGAUCGACGGCGAGCCGGUGUUGAGGUCCAACGCGUACGAUAUGCAGUCGGGGGAACCGUCCGUCUUCGACAAGGAGCUCGGGGACGAUAAGAAGGACGCCGUUGACGGCGACGGGUCAUCAGGCGGGCGGACCACGUACGUCUUCGAGGAGGUGAAGAAGCGUAAGCCCUACGGCCCGCGUAAGCCCUACGGCCCUCGGAAAAAGAGCGACGAGGAGCAGGCGACGGUUCGGCACAACAAGAUCAUCGAGAAGGAGAUCGAGCUCGCCAACCAGAAACGGGCGAGCUACCUGCACAGGCAAGCCAAGGCGCUCGCGCCCUUCGUCGAGAAGAAGGUUCUCGAUAAGCUCGAGGAGGUUAGCGACGGGUACAAACCCUCGGAAAAGGUUUUGGUGCCAGUGGAUAAUCAACCGGAGUCCAUCAAGGCGGUGUUGAGGGAGUACCAGCUCGAGGGCAUCCGGUGGUUGGUUCGGAUGUUCGACGACGGGUGCAGCUGCAUCCUGGCCGACGAGAUGGGCCUGGGUAAGACGCUGCAGUCCAUCUCGUUCCUCGCCGCGCUCCGGGAGCUUCGGGGCGUCGACGGUCCCCACCUCGUCAUCUGCCCGCUCUCCGUGUUAUCGUCGUGGAUGGACGAGCUGCAGAAGUGGUGCCCAAAGCUCCGGGUCGUGCGCCUGCACUCCACGGACGAGGGAGAGCGGCAACGUCUGCGCAAGGAGGUGGUCAUGAACGUCGCGUCGUACGACGUCGCGGUGACUACGUACGAGAUGGCGUGCAACCCCACGUUUAACCUGACGCUGUCGCAGAAGGUGUACUGGCGCACCAUGAUCCUCGACGAGGGGCACAAGGUGAAGAACGAGGACACCGCCGCGCACUCGGUUCUUUCGAGGGUGCACAGGCAACACACCUUGCUCCUGACGGGCACGCCCGUGCAGAAUAACCUGCACGAGCUGUACGCCAUCCUCUCGUUUUUGCACCCCGACGUCUUCACGAAAUCAGCCGCCUUCGACGAAGCCUUCGACCUGGGCACCUCGUCGCACAAGGUGGACGCCGACAAGUUGGAUUUCGCGCACUACCUCAUGAAACCGUUCGUGCUUCGAAGGGUGAAAGGGGAGGUGGAGGUGUCGCUGCCGGAGAAGACGGAGACCAAGAUUAUGUGCCCGCUCUCGCCGGCUCAGACGUUUUGGUACCGCAGGCUGCUCAUGCGGGAGAGCAGCGCGUUGACGUCUGUGGAAGCCGCCGAGCUGAGAAAAGCCAGCGGCGGCGGAUCCGGAGCGAUGGACGACGGUGGCGGCACCGAUUCCCCCGAACCCUCCGGCGCCGGCGGCAAGAAGGAGAACGCGGGGGACUUCAAGAAGCUGCAGUCGCUGUUGAUGCAACUCCGCAAGUGCUGCAACCACCCGUACCUCUUCGCGGGCACCGACGUCCCGGAGGAUGGCGUACCCGUCGAGGAGCUGGUGGAGGCCUCGGGGAAACUCGCGGUGCUGGACCGCAUCCUGAAGCGGCUGAAGGAUCAGGGGCACAGGGUGGUGCUGUUCUCGCAGUUUACGUCGAUGCUGGACAUACUCAGCGAUUUUCUAACGCUGCGCGGGUACCAAUUCGCGAGGUUAGACGGGAGCACCAACCGAGUGCAGCGGUCGAUCGACAUCGCCGCGUUUAACCGCCCAAACUCCCCGAUGUUCGCCUUCCUGCUGUCCACCAGGGCGGGCGGCCUCGGCGUCAACCUGCAGACGGCGGACACGUGCGUUUUGUACGAUUCCGAUUGGAACCCGCAGGUUGACACGCAGGCGAUGGCGAGGGUGCACCGCAUCGGGCAGAAAAAGCCGGUUCACGUGUAUCGCCUGGUCACCGCGGGCACCGUCGAGGAGCGCAUGCAGCAGCGAGCGGAGAAGAAGCUCUUCUUGGAGCAGAUGGUCAGCCGCGGCAGCACCAAGCAGGCUGAGAACAUGGAGGGCGUGGACAAGAACGACCUCUACGGAAUGUUGCGAUUCGGCGUCGACGCGAUUUUUUCCAAGGACGCCGGCGAACCCCCCACCGACGCCGACCUGGAGAUUCUGAUGGACAGGACCCCGGGCGGGGCGGAUCGACGGAAAGAGCUCGCGAACCUGCAGUCGGAGGUGCAGCACACCGUCGCCGAUUUCGCCGAAGGGAAAGCCGAGGCUGCGCCCAUAUCCACCUACGUGCUGCCCGAGCAGCUCAGGGUCGGCGAGGCCGGUGAGGAUAGCAAGGCUUCGAAGAAGGCGCAGAGCAUGAAGGACAUCGCCGCGGAGUUUCAGGCGCAGAUCGUCACCGGGAAACGGUCCCGGACAAAGACCACGAUUGAGGUUGACGGCCACACCGUGCUCAAGGCUAACAACUACUCCCUGGAGGAGGGCGAGCAGAGCGUGUUUGCCCGCGAGACCAAGAAGAAGGCCCAAGCCGAGAAACGCAGCCGCGCGCAGGUGGCGGGUCGCGAUUACGGCCACUCGUUCACGUGCCAGCACUGCUGGGACGGCGGUGACAUCGUCUGCUGCGACCUGUGCCCCGUCAGCGUCCACGCCGAGUGCAUCGGCGUCACGCAGCACGAACUCGCCAAGGCGACGCGAUGGGCGUGUCCGCACCACUCGUGCCACGAAUGCGGGCGCAAAGCCGCGGCGGUCGGUGGGAUGCUGUUCCGAUGCGAGGCGUGCGUGCACGCCUACUGCGAGGACCACCUGCCGAACGAGGCUGAGAUUAUCGGGCAGUGUAAAAGGUUCCAGGCGCUCGGUCAGCGACACCCGGCGCAGGCGUGCUUCAUACGCUGCUCCGAGGAGUGCAUCCAGUGGGCGAAGGAGCGAAGGCUGGAGGAGGGCGGCGAGGAGGCCGAGGAGGCGGCGGGAUGGACGAUCGGCGCUAAGGUGGCGCUCACCGACGCGUGGAUCGAGGAGCGCGACCACGAGAUUGAGCUCCCGUUGGAUCCCCAGCCGGGCGGCAGGAGCAAGCCCCUCGCGCACGCGACGUUCACGGAUCUCGUUCACUUUCUGCUGAGACAGGAGGGGCCCAAGCGCAAGGACGCGGCCGCGGCGGCUCGCCGACGCAAGAAGGAGGCGACGCCGGGGUCCAACGCGGGUGAACCCGCGUCGUGGGAGGAGGAGAUUGAGGAGAUGGAUCCGCAACCCGGGGAGACGAUCGAGGUUGCCGGCGUCAGGGUUUACUACACCAAGGGUUCGCAAAAGCUCGACGAGAUCGCCAAGGACAACGAGCUGGAGCCCAAGGACUUACUGACGUGGAACAAGGCGGACCUCCCGGGUCUCACGCGAAAGGCGUACCUCCUCGAGAAUACUCGCGUGUGGCUCGGACCGAAGCCGCAGGCGCAGGCGAGGGAGGACGAGGACCCUGAGGCUGAGCGCCGGCGCCGGCACGAGGAGCUGCAACUCGCCAGGCUCGCCGCCGAGAACGCGGGGAUAAACUUCGACAAGAAACCCAGGGGCGACGACGAGUCCGCGGACGAGCCGAUGGUCCUCGGUAGGCCCCUCAAGGGUCUCCGGCAGAAGGACAUCGACCCGACGGAACGCGAGGCGAUCAUGGCCGAGAUGUUCAAGCGCGUUAGGCCGCUUCUGGAGCGCAACAUCGAACGCGCCCGCGAGCGGGAGAAGAAGCGGCGCGAGGAGGAGGCGAAGGAACACGAGGAGCAGCGCAAGCAGGAGCAGAUCCGCGCCGAGCGCCUGCUUCGGCGCACCGAGGGCAUACCCGUGCACCUGCUCUCCGCCACGGCUUCGGAUUUCCGAAGCGUUGGCAAGACGGCGUCCUCGUACGACGCCCCGCACGGCGGCGACAUCGCCGACGACACGAUGCGAGCGAUGGAGGAUCUCAUCGUCCGGUUGCUCAGGGCCCGGAACGCCAUCGAUCCCGACGGCGAACGCGUCACCGCCGCCGAGGUCAAGGUGAUGAUGGCCAGAGCGUCGAGGUGUCAAGGCGAUGACGGCGCCAAGGCGACGUUGGACGCGUCGCGGACCCGGUGGGAGCACGCCGAGCUCGGCGAGGCCCUGGGGUUCGUCCUCGCCGUCUGUUCCCUGGAGCGAGCCGGAAAGAUCGCGCUGAAGAGGAGCGACAAGUACCCGGAGGCUGUCGACCUCGCGGCGAUGCGCCUGACUUUGCCCGUGCCCGAGGUUGGACCCGACCCCGCCGCCGACGCCGCCGCGGCGAAAGCCGCGGCGUCGGAGCAGACCGAGGGCAUCGCGCCGGCGCACGACGUCAGGGUGCAGUGCGGCGACCUGUGCGGGUCGCUGGUCCCGGGCGGGAAGCGCGGCGACGAGCAGGUCAAGUACGCCGAGCCCGGCGGGGACGGUUCCACUUUUUCCAUCGUCCCGGCGACGGAAUUUGAACGCCUCGGCGGCCGCGGAUCCACGCGCAAGUGGCGACAGUCGCUGCGUUACGUCGGCGACCUGAGCGUGGGCACCGCGGAACACGGCGUGCCGGUGGGCCGGUUCCUCCGCGAGAUUGGCGGCGCUUGGCGCGACAGCGUCGUCGGCCGAGCCGUGGAGGUGUCCGCGGCGGAUGCCAUCGAUCGUUUCUACGCCGCGGAGGUGACGGGGUUCAAAGCCGACAGCGGCGAGCACGAGAUCAUGUACGCGGACGGCAACAGGGACUGGAUAUACCUGUGCCUGCAGACCACGCGGUGGCCCGACGGCGUCCCGCCGAGGUUGGCGCCCGAGGCUAAGGGUGUCGACGGCGCCGACACAGCUGGCGGCGGCUCGGGGGAUGCCAAGAAGCGAUCGUCCGGGGGCGGCAAGAGCAAGUCCAAGGGCACGAAGGGCGGCCGCGGGUUGCGAUUCGACCCGUCGCAGAUGGCGCGCGCGGAGGCUCCCGAGCCGACGGCGCCUACCGGACCGCCGCGGGGCGAGCAAACCGUCGACGGGGGCUUCAGGGCGUAUUACUCCGCGGAUGGGGAGACGCUCGAUGAGGCGUGCGCUAACCUCAAGGCGGACUUCAGGGACGUUCUCGCGUGGUCCAGGCCCUUCGUCCCCAUGCUCACCAGGCACGUCAAGCUGAGGGAGGGAACCCGACUGUGGCUGCAGGAGGUUAACGUCGUGGACGCGCCGCCGCCGCGGAGGGAGGGGGGCGGGGUGGCGGAGACGAGGACGCCGUACCAGCCGCCGGCGCCGAACGGUGCCGAGCUGGGCGCCGAGGGGAACGGUGCCGAGAGGGGUGCCGAGGGGGGUGCCGAGCCGAUGGACACCGCCGCCGCGGACGGCUCGCCCGCCGUCGGCGAGAAGCGCAAGGCUGACGGCGAGGCGGGCGAGGGCGAGGGCGAGGGCGAGGGCGGCGCCAAGCCGCCGCCGAAAAAGAAAAAGAAGAAGAAGCCCAAGCCGGGAGCCGCCAACAAGCCGAAACCGGGCGAUCACGAGGAGGACAUCGCCGCCGAGGUGGAAGCCUCCUGCGUGAUCAAGGCGACGCCCGUGCCCGUCGUCUUCAACGGGCUCACGGCGACGUUCGCGGCUGGGUGCGUGUCCGGGGAGGUGGAAUUCGCGAUUCGACUUCCCGACCCUCCUCCCGAGCCCGAGCCCGAGCCCGUCCCGGUGCCCGAGACCGAACCCCCCGGAGACGCGGACGGACCGACGCAAACGACCCAAAGCGGAGGGACGCCUCCGACGACGACGACCGUUACGACGACCGUUACGACGAACAAGGCUGAGACUGAGCGCAAGACGCCCGGACCGCGGUUCGAGUACCUCACGCUCGAGGAGUUUUUCAUUCGCGCGGGCCAAUCAGCCGCCGACGUCGCCGCGUGCGUCGCCAGCUGGCGGGAGACGAUUCGCUACGGCGGCGACGACGCUCCGGCUGACACGCCCAUCGGCGGCUGGCUGCAACGCCGGGGCGCGACGUGGGGCAAGGCGUCCGUGGGGUACCAGUGCGAGGUUUUGAACCCGGACGCGGCUCGUUCGGGCGGGAGCAGCGCGCUGAUGGAGAAGCAGGGGGGAACCAGCUGGAGGGUCGGUGAGGUUGUCAACUUCGACGUCGCCACCGGCGAGCACGAGGUUUCUUUCCUCGACGGGUCCGAGGUGCGGUGCCACCUGUUUUUGCAGACGAUGCGAUGGCUCCCGACCAAGUACGAGCCCUUCGGCACGGUCCCGGAGCCCCCCCCCGAGGGCGGCGGGAUGAUGAUGGCGUCGCCGCCGCUUCCCGUCGGCUGCGGCGGCAUGCGCGGGAUGCUCCUCCCGGGUGGGAAAAGAGGCGAGGAGCUCGUUCGAUACGCCGCGCCCCGCGACGCGUCCACGCCGGGGGUCAUGGCCGAGUUUACCGUCCCGGCGACGGAGUUUGAGCGCCUGGGGGGCAAGGGCACCGCCAAGAAGUGGCGCCAGUCCCUCCGGCUCGUCCACGUCGGGUCGUACAAGUUGGGGGAGACGAUGGGUCGGUGGCUGCGGACGCUCGGGAAUCUCACCGGCGACGCGUCCGUGGGGCGCCACCUCGAGAUAUUCUGGCCGGGCGACGGCGCCUUUUACGGCGGCACCGUCGCCGCCUACAAGACGGAGACCGGGGAGCACGAGGUGUACUACGACGACGGGGGUAAGGAGACGCUGCAGCUGAGCAUGCAGACGGUGCGGUGGGGUCCCGUGCCCGCGCCGGGGGCGAGGGAACGCAUGCUCAAGCUCGUCGCCGAGGAGACGGAGCGCGCGAAGAACGAGAAGGGGAAGAAGAAGAGCGGCGGCGGCGGCGGCGGAGGAGGAGGAGGCGGCGGCGGCGGGGGAGGCCGAUCGGGCGGCGGCGUCACAGCCGGCGGCGACAACGACGAGUGGAUCGCGUGCGACUCGUGCGGCAAGUGGCGCAAGGUGCCCGCGUGGACGGCCAAGUCCCUGGGCGACGACGACAAGUGGCACUGCGCGGACCACCCCGACGGGGCAUUCGCAUCGUGCGACGUGCCCGAGGAAAAGUACGAAUAG